AUGGACGACAACGCCCCCGCUGCCAUCGAAGCAGCGCCCACGCGCAUCAGUCGCUCCGCAGAAUCGCUCGACAAAGCACCACUCCGCGUCGGCCGCGAGGAACUCGCAGACAGCACGCCACCGCACGAGAGCUACGAAGGCAGACACCGCUUCGACGCCGACGCAACAUGGACCGCAGCCGAGGAGGCGCGCGUAGUGUGGAAGACGGACCUGCGGCUGCUGACCUGGCUGUGUGUGAUGAUGUUCGGACUGCAGCUCGAUCGUGGCAACUUGUCGAAUGCGGUGGCGGAUAACCUGCUCGACGACCUGGGCUUGACGACGGACGACUAUAAUAACGGCACUACUAUCCAGCUGCUGUGCUUCCUGGCGGCUGAGUUCCCGGUGCAGUUUGCGACGAAGCGGUAUGGGUUUCGGCAGGUGCUGCCUGGGAUGAUGAUGUUGUGGGGGACGGUGUCGUGGGCGCAGGCGUUUAUGCAUGAUCGGACGUCGUUCUAUCUUGGUCGUGCGUUCAUCGGGUUGUGUGAGGGUGGCUUCAUCCCGGGUGUGAUUCUGUUCGCGAGCUAUUUCUACACGUCCAAGGAGCUGUCGAUUCGGCUGGCGGCGUUUUGGUCGUCGCUGAAUGUCGCGCGGGUCAUUUCGGCGUUGUUGGCGGCGGGCAUUCUGCAGAUGCGUGGUAUCCAGGGGAAACCAGGGUGGUUUUGGCUGUUUCUGCUCGAGGGCCUUGUCACGGUCGUUAUUGCGGGUGUGUCCUUUGUGUAUUUGCCUGCUGCGCCUACUUCGACCAAGGGUAUCAUAUGGCGUAAGGGGUGGUACACGGAGCGUGAAGAAGUGAUUAUGGUCAACCGCAUCCUACGCGACGACAGUGCGAAAGGCCUGACAGCCCUGAAGGAACCUGCCACAUUCAGAGACAUCCGCGCAGCCUGGGCCGAUCCGUCCAUGUGGGGCCUCUACUUCAUCGGCCUCGUCGCAUAUAUCCCCGCCGGGCCCGUCCAAGGCUAUCUUACACUGACGCUCAAACGACUCGGCUUCAGCACCUUCAACUCCAACAUGCUCACCGUGCCCUCUGCCUUUCUGCAGAUCGUCACCAUGCUCGGCCUCGCGUACAGCUCCGAGUACUUCAAUGAACGCACCCUGCACUGCGUCGUCGGCGAGUUCUGGAUCAUGCCGCUGCUCAUCGCCCUGCUCCGCCUGCCCGAUGGCGGUCAUGAAUGGGCGCGCUUCUCGCUCAUCACCCUCGUAUCCGGAUAUCCGUAUUUUCACCCGAUUGUGUCGUCGUGGAUCUCCGCGAAUACGUUCGACGUCAAGAAGCGCGCUAUCACAGCUGCGACGUACAACGUGAUUGUGCAAGUGGGCUCGCUGAUCAGCUCGCAGAUCUACCGCAAGUGGGAUGCCCCGUACUACAAGACGGGCAACACGGUGCUGGUGUCCAUUUGCGCUCUGUCGGUCGUCUCGUUUGUCGUGCAGCGCCAGGUCUUGGUCUAUCUGAAUGCGCGAAAGGAGAAGGCGUGGGCGGCGAUGAGCGUCGAGGAACAGGUUGUGUAUCAAUCGGAUGUGUUGGCGCGUGAGAGGGAUGGGAAUAGGAGGUUGGACUUUCGGUUCGAGCUGUAG